CCAUAAUUGGAUAGUUAUUUCUGGUGCCAAAAAGCUUGCCUUUCAUUUCUAUUCUGGUCCAAAAUAUCAAAUUCAGGUGUCAAAGUUCAAAAAAUUGCAAACUAAGCACGUUGAUGUCAAUUCAAACUCUCCCUCUCGCUUCUCAUUUUCUUUUCUAAUUCCGUAACUGUAUCUCCCAUAAUCAAACAAAACCCAUUUUGAAAACUCUGUUCUUGAUCUUGUUGAUUUCAGGGUCAAGAUUAGAUAAUCAUAUCUACAAAAUUAAUAUGGGGUUCGAGAAAGAAGCAACCUCGUCCUCCAGCCGUCUCCGAUCACCGCCGGCGACCGAGGAGACGCCGCUGAUCGGAGCCCCGAAGCCGCUGUCGUCCCAAGCCAAGACCUUCGCCAAUGUCUUCAUCGCCAUCGUCGGCGCCGGCGUUCUGGGUAUGCCGUACUCGUUCAAACGCACCGGUUGGAUCAUGAGCCUCCUGACGCUCUUCUUCGUCGCGUUUCUGACCCACCAUUGCAUGAUGCUGUUGGUCUACACGCGCCGGAAGCUCGAGUCUCCCGACGCGCCGACGAAGAUUGCGUCGUUCGGGGAUUUGGGCUUCAGAGUCUGUGGCUCUGCCGGGAGGUUAGUGGUUGAUGUUCUUAUCAUUCUUGCUCAGGCUGGUUUUUGCGUUGGUUAUCUUCUUUUUAUUGGGAAUACACUGGCCCAUUUGAUCAAUCCCCCAACUUCAACCGAUUUGAGCCCCAAUAUAAUGGGUCUGGCUCCCAAAAGCUUUUACAUUUGGGGGUGUUUCCCGUUUCAAUUAGGAUUGAAUUCCAUUAAAACGCUUACCCAUUUGGCCCCUUUGAGUAUUUUUGCUGAUGUGGUUGAUCUUGGAGCAAUGGGCGUGGUGAUCAUUGAGGAUGUGUUGAUUAUGAUCAAAGGGGUGGAUUUCUCUUCGUUGAAAACUUUUGGGGAUGUUUCUUUGUUCUUCUAUGCCUUGGGUGUGUCUGUGUACUCAUUUGAAGGGGUUGGGAUGGUUUUGCCUUUGGAGUCCGAGGCCAAAGAUAAGGAUAAGUUUGGGAGAGUCUUGGCUUUUACGAUGGUGUUCAUUGCUCUCAUGUACGGGAGCUUUGGAGCUUUCGGUUACUUUGCUUUCGGGGAACACACUAGGGACUUGAUCACGGCUAACCUUGGUAAAGGCGUGAUUUCCACCCUGGUGAAGCUUGGUCUUGUGAUCAAUCUGUUCUUCACAUUGCCUAUAAUGAUGAACCCGGUUUAUGAAAUCGUGGAGAGGCGGCUGUGGGGUGGGAGAUACUGCUUGUGGUUGAGAUGGCUGCUCGUGUUGGCGGUGAGUUUGGUGGCUUUGUUGGUCCCCAACUUUGCUGAUUUCAUGGCUUUGGUUGGGAGUGGUGUGUGCUGUGUUCUGGGGUUCGUUGUGCCUACCUUGUUUCAUCUCAUGGUCUUCAAGGGAGAGAUGGGGUGGAAGCAAUGGCUCUCAGACGUAAGCAUUUUGGCCAUAGGAAUUACUCUUGGGAUUUCAGGAACUUGGUUUGCUCUGCAAGAAAUUUUUGCUGCCAAGGAUGUUUGAGCAAUGAGCAUCAACUAUGAUCUUCUCAGUAUAGUAGCAUGCAACCAUUUCAUAUGUGUUGCCAAAAGAUCCUUAUUAUCUUCUUUUGGUCACAAAUGGCAUCUUCAAUCAUUUACUGAAAUGGUGUUAGUAAAAUUGUAAUUCUCAAAUUUUAGAAAGAUUUACGGAUUGCACUGAUAUCGACUGUUUUGCUUUAAGAUAGGUGCUGCUGGUUUUUGUAAUAUUGUGAUGACUUUCUUCAUGUUAAGAAAUAAAUAACGUAUAUUAUUGUUUGUUUCAUUUGCUUUCUGCAAAUGAGGAAAGAAAUUACAGGGAAGAGGAAGAGAUUAAGCUA